CUAACUUCUAACAUAAAGGUAUUUCAUAAUUUUUUUAAGUGGGUAAAUAUUUCGCAUUGAAUUAUUUAUUUCAAUCUCUUUGUUUACCCGUUUUCAUACCCUAGUCCCUGUUUCAGCUGCAUGUUCAACACAAAGGGGUAAAAUUCCUAAAAUACACAACACUAUUAAAAAUAAAUGAGUCAUAAAUGUGGAGGGCACUGUCUUUCACUUGUCGGGUGCUAAAUUUUCCAUUGCCUCUCAGAGCAUCGCUGCUUCAGUGUUAGAUGGUUGUGUCGCCGCUCUUUGUCCUAUUGUUGGAUCAGAGGUUCAAAUGUUAGCUCUAAGUAUAGAGAUGUGCACAGCUGUCGUGUCACGCUUUCCACGCUGCCUGUUGUUAAAGCACACAGUAGUAGUGUCUCGUGUCUCUUUAAAUGCGGGUUGCGUAGAUCCUUCAUGAAUGAAGCCACGUGAUCCAAACAUCAUUUGACGUCUGGCGCCUCCGACCAUAGACUAAAACAAGCGGGGAAGGAGUGGAUAUAUCUGGAGACCUGCGAGAGAAGGCGUGAGCGGAAAAACAUUUCUCCAACUGUCUGUCUUCUCCACACCGGGUCGACGAACCGUCGGCGGACGUCAACCUUUCGAAGCUGCGGGUGGGCGAAAGGCGCCGGUUUGACUUCUGGCAAAACACCGCUGGCUGUCAUGCUGGAGCGUCGGUAGCUGUCAGACGCCCAGCGGCUAGCUACAGAGAGAGAGAGAGAGUAUUGUGGCCGAACUGCCCGAGCGACUGUUUUGACAUUUGCUUUGUGUCAGCCGCUUCACACAGACAGCCGCUCGCUUCACGUAUCACUCAGCAACAGUUCAUUCAGAAGAGCAAGGCUCUUGUGGCAUGACGACGACUAACAAAGGAAAUAAAGCCUUGAAGGUGAAGCGCGAGCCGGGCGAGAAUGGCACCAGCCUCACAGACGAGGAGCUGGUGACCAUGUCGGUGCGGGAGCUGAACCAGCACCUCCGAGGGCUCUCCAAAGAAGAGAUCCUGCAACUGAAACAGCGGCGGCGCACCCUGAAGAAUCGUGGCUACGCCGCCAGUUGCCGGGUGAAGCGUGUCACCCAGAAGGAGGAGUUGGAGAAGCAGAAGGCCCAGCUGCAGCAGGAGGUGGACAAACUGGCCAAUGAGAAUGCUUCGAUGCGCGUUGAGCUGGACGCUCUGAGGUCUAAGUACGAGGCGUUACAGACCUUCGCCAGGACUGUGGCACGAAGCCCCACUGUCGGGGUCGGGGUCAGGGCUGGAGGGGGAGGGGGAGGGGUGGCGUCAUCGGUCAUCGGUCCGCUCAUCCCAGGGAAGGUGGCGACGGCGACGAGCGUGAUUACAAUAGUGAAGUCAAAAACAGACGCACGGUCUUGAGGGAAGGGAAGGGAGAUGAAGGUGCAUCAGGAUGGAGCUUAGCUGCAUCUGAGUUGAUCUUCCCGUCUGCCGGACUCCUCUUCUCCAUCUGCACUGACGGACAAAAACCCGGGCGGCCUCGCUUGCAUCGCCACGGCACGCUCCCGUCAAGUCAUCACCUCUGAUCAGUGCAGAUGUAGGAAAGGAUGGAAGCGGAGGAGGACUCUUGUACCAAUGCAGGACAAAUACACAGGGUUCUUAUGGGCACUGAAGACCCGGAAAUCCCAAAUAAUUUGAAAACUGUCUUAUUCCUGAUCAAGAAAAUAAUCUGACAUUUGUAAAUACUCAAAAUGAGAAAAUUCCAACAGUUUUUAUUUGGUUUUCGGUGCUCAGUGCUGGUGAAUCUCUUUUUAAGUAAGUACAUAAUAACCAUGUCACGAAUUUGCACACAGAUUUGAAGAGGUGCCUGAUCGAAAUAAAAUGUAUAAAACGGAAAUUUGGUACAUCAUCAAACAAUCCUAAACACACAUGAGAAUCAGAGCAUUUAUUCUUGAAUAGUUCUAUGGAAAUCAUUGAAUUUAAUGUGACCUGCUGAUUUGAGUGGCUGCAGAGAAGCCCCAUCUUGUUCCACCUAGCCAAGAACUUUUUUCAGAAAAGUACUAUAGAAGAUAUAUAUAUUAUACAAUGGUGGUAACUGUAUUUCUACUGUUUUGUACUGUGUUGUCAUUCACAUGAGGUCCAAGGUGUAUUCUCUGUGUGUGAAUUGUUAUAUAUCAGGAAUUCUGUGAAAUUCUGUGGCGCGUGUUCGUUUUGGUAUUGCUAUAUUUGGGUAGCUGUAUUUUUAAUUUUUUUUCUUAUGGUCUUUUUACUUUCAAGUCAGACUCUCGCGUUCUCUUACCUACUCUUUUAUCUGUCCUUCCAUUUUUCAACUCCAACUGGCUUCCAUUAUUACAUGCAGUACUUCCUGAGUUUUAUGAAAGGAGGAGGGGAAAAGGAGGGGAUAGGCAAUUAAUAUUUACCAAAACAUAUUAUAGGACAGGAGAUGACGUUUUUUAAUUCGCUGACCUUAUUUUAGUGUGGGAAUUUUCAGGGAAAUGGUCAUAUGAAGAUAAAAGCCUGUUUGAGUUUCGCUUCAAAGUUUAUUAUUCAAGACAUUUGGAAGGGCAAGUGCCUUUUUCUCCUAAUGAUAUGCAUAGAGAAGAAGUCAAAAGGAUAACUGAUGAACAAAUAACUUGUGGAAGGAUGGUGGAGAUUCAGUGUAGGUGUGUUGCGUAUGCUUGUGCUUUAUAGCAUAAACUGACCAAUCAGGAGUCAGCUAGUAACAGCAUUUAACUCUCCCUGUACACUGUCAUUUAAGCUGUGUAAUAGCACGUAAUGACGAUGAUGAUUAUUAACAGUUAUGUACCUUGGCAAGUCAUUUGUUUAAAGUGGACCUAUUCUGCUUGUUUGCAUCUCUAUAUUUUUAUUCUUGGACUCUAGAGGAGCUUUGCAUAAUUCUCAGUGCAAAAUGAUAUUUAUUCAACACUAGUCCUUGAUGCAGCCCUUCAGAUCAUUUCUGUGUCUGAAAUGAGCUGCUUUAGCUCUUCACCCUUUUAAGGCAACCUUCUGGUAAGCAGAAGGAUUGACAAUAAGUUGAGAACAUUCAAAACAUGGUUUCAUAGAGUGGCUUUGCAUGAUUCAAAGUUGUCUGUGAAGGUUCUCAGUCAUCCAGGUCAUCGUAGUCAAAGGAGUUUGCAAAGAAAAGCG